GAGGAGAAACAUAGAGAGUGCUCAAAUGUCAAAUGGAGGGUGGAGUGUGUGACAUUCAACACAGGCAGAAAGGGAGGAGGAAUGAGAAAGAAAGGGAAGAACUUUUUUCCGAUAGUUUUUUCUUCUCCCAAAUGCAACAAUAAUACAAAAAGAAUUGACUUAGACACUUUUGCUGGCGAAUGAAUGCUGCAAUAAGCAGAAAGGAGAGAAGAGAGAGGAGUAAACAUUUGCUGAACUCCCUUAGGUACUCCUGUGUAACAGAUGACAGCAUUAAAAAUUGACACAGUGUGAAGUCUGUGGCCUCUUGACAGAAGACGUUCCCUUGAGCAUGACUUCAGAAUUGGACUCUAGUUUGACCAGCAUUGACUGGCUUCCCCAAUUGGGAAUCAGCACCUUGCGUUCAGGAAAAGAAAGAGUGGAACGAAAGAAAGAGCGAGGAAAAGAGAAGGAUAUCCCUCCCAUACCUACAGCGUCCCCUGCAUCUUAUUCCAAAGGGAAGCCUCCACACAGCUAUGCCACUCUCAUCGCCAUGGCAAUUAGUUCGGCCCCUGAAAGAAAGCUGAGUUUGAAUGACAUUUACACAUGGAUCAGUGAUACAUUUCCUUUUUAUAGCAGAGCAGGAAGAGGAUGGAAGAACUCAAUUCGGCACAAUCUAUCCCUCAAUAAGUAUUUCCGGAAAGUUCCUCGACCACAGAGUGACCCUGGAAAGGGCUCAUACUGGACGAUGGAUGGGUCACCUGAUUUAACUCAACACAGAGGUGUUAAACGCCCUUAUCCUGAAGAGGAGGCUUCAUUCCCAGAAGCCCAAGAGCCUGUCAAUCAACCGGAGCCCCUCCCACCACUCCCAGAUGUCAAGAGUACAUUCUCUCCCCCUCCAUGCAAGCAACGUCAAACUGCCCCAAUUCCUGCAUCUCUUCAUUCCUCUAUUCCUCCGAACCCUCAUGUGGAUCCCCCUCUCCGAUUCUCCUUUGCUGAUUUGAACCUACCAGACCUUUACAAUUCCUUUCAGUCUCUCUGUCGCUCUGUGAGAGAGAGAGUCACCUCACAUGUGGACGUUCCCAAUUUACUUGGACUUACCAACGACAGUACACCACUCCAUACCCCAACCCUGCCUCCUCUCUCCCCCUGCCCCUGUCCGAACCCCAAUAAUAACCAAUACACCAACCCAAACUCUACCCUAAACCCCCUUAAUACUAAUGGUAACUUCAACCCAAAUACACUUGAUACUAACUCUAGUUUCAUCCCCAACUUACACCCAAACCACAACCAGAACCCCUCUAAUAUUCAUUCAAAUUCCAACACUGAUCCUGACAAGCUGCUACAUAGUAAUGUUGUUCCAGAAGACUGGUUCAGUAAUGCCAACUCUUUGAGAGAGAGUUUCAGAAUUGCUAGUAGUCUGGACUGGGCUAACAUUGACCUCACCUGUCACCCUGACCUGGUAGAGAGCAUGCGUCAAGCUGAGCUCUGUGACUGGGCAUUGGAUUCGGCACUCUUCACCUCGCUCUGUGAUUCGCUCAACCGUUUCUUCACUCAGAAGGGUCUCAUUGGCUCCUCUUCUUGUGGCCCCUCCUCUGUAGCACAAAUGACCCUACCUCCUCUCAGUAUGCCGUCCACUAACCCUCCUACACUGGCUAGUUUGACUCAACCAUCUCCACUGAUCUACCCCUCCCAGAUCCCUCCUGGUGAACCUCCCCUCCACAGUCCCAGGAGAACCCUGACCCCUCAUGCCCAAAACCAGACACCACAGAGACUUCCAGGGCUGCAGCCCACAGCAAGCCAGCCUCUGACUCCUAACGCACUUCAAGCUCAUCCACCUUUGAAGAAUCUUCAUAGCAACAGUGAGGAGAUCCAGGAUGACUUUGAUUGGGAUUCCCUAAUUGAGUGAUUUUUUUUUUUUUUUUUUACUUUUUGGCAAACAUAAACUUAUAGAAUACACAGUAAAUAAAACACAUCAUGAGCCAAUUUAUGAGACAAAGCCACAGUAUUUGUCAAGGACGUCACGAGGCCAACACAUUAAUCUUUAAUGGUUGUUUCAUGUAAAUAUGGAACAAAAGCAGAUGUCCUACAUACAACACAAAAUGAACAGGAUUAAGCUAUUUGUGUUUCUCUUCAUUUCGACCCUACCUUAAGUUUACUGUAGAACAAUGGUUCAUAUAUAGUUGUUUGCAUGUUGAAAUGCUGGUUCACCAGCAACUGAGGUUAACCAAACCUGACAAUGCCCUAUUCAUUCAGUGUUCAGUCAGUUAUCAUGGCACCAUUGAAAAUGGUGCUAGUUUGUGCUUGAACUGCUCCAAACCUUGAAGGACAGUGUGGGUCAAUCCUGAAAAUGAACAAUACAUAUGGGUGUAUUUUGACUGAAAAUUAAUAUGACAUUUGUUACUUUAUAUUACACAAUUUUUUGUCACUUUAGCAUAUCCACCUAGGGACAUAAAUUUAGUUUUCAAUUAAAAAUAAAAUAAAGGAAACAUUGAAUUCUCUGUUACAAUUGCCUGAUGUGUGAAUGCAAACCAAUACAACAAAAAAGCUUGAACUAUUUCAUUUUUAUUUAUUAAAUUUAAUUUUUUUUUCCAUUUUAUUUUUAAAUGUGAAUGUUCACCAUCAACACCAGACAAUUUCUGACCAUAGCCAAUAUUAGAGAAAUAUCUAAUUUUCAUAUAUAUAUAAUAAUUAAUUGAAAGUAAAUAAAGGUUCACAGCAUGGAUUACAUCAUUCAGUCCCCAAUUUCAAAGUAUGAUUUCGCUUAGUCAUUCAGAUCAUUUUCUGUUUCAGUUUCAGAAGCGUUAACACUUUACUCUCCCCAUUUUCUGUGUAAAUCUUGAAGGACAAAAGUGGUGAAGUGAAAUGCAAGAACAGUCGCUGGCUUUCACGUGAACAGGUGUUGAAUUAAUGCUUUGAUUCUUACAAGAGUUGAAUAAAACUGCAAAAAUAAAUCAUUGAAUACAAAGGAUCCUUAUAACAGAAGAUCCUGUUAUUAUGUGAGACUAUGCUGCUAAAACCCCAACAAAAGAACAGCAGUGAGCCGAGUGAAAAGACUGGACACAUCAACAUAAACACCGACUCUCUCUACAACACAGACAUACACGCUCACACACGCACAUACAGCCCCCCUUCAGCAACUCACAAGUGUAUAAGAAUCACAUGAAGUGGACUGAAAUUUCGCAGGUCCAAGGAGACCAAGCAGGCAUCUCUUUCAAUGACAAUUUCCAGUGUGAUUUUCCUUGGUUGAAUUGUUCCCAGGAGUCAGAGCAAUUAGCUAAAAAAUAAAUUAUACAAGAUUACACAUUAAAUUAAAAUACAACUAUUUAAUGAUUUUCUCUAGAACUGAGAAUGCAAUGGAGAGCAGAACCCUUUUUAAUCGACUCAGAGCAAAACUGUCUUACAGUCAUUAAUCAAUGGAAGGGGGAGAAAGAUGUGUAUGAUUCAAUGAGAUCAGUUCAUUAGUGGCUUGUUUUUUUUCUACCACUUUCUUCCUCUUUUUUUUUUUUUUUUUU